CUUCAACCAGAAUGACAACAUCGUUUUCAUAGAUACUACAGCCCGACCGUCUAUCUAAAAUAUGGAAUUCGGAGGCAAUGAAACAGGCUUAGAUGCCCUUCUUCGUCGCUCAGAGCAGGAGAGUAUCCGGAGACGCCUGCUCAGGUCCCCCGUCACAGUGAUCGCAGAACUGAUCUACCGCCAUUUUUCCCUCCGCGCUGAAAGAAGCCAUAUCAAUGAACAACCCGUCCGCGUGGUGUGUAUUUCAGACACACACAACACCCAGCCCGCCUUGCCAGAUGGAGAUAUCCUAAUCCAUGCCGGCGACCUGACCCAAUCGGGGACUCGGGCAGAGCUCGAAGCACAGAUCGAAUGGCUUCACAGCCAGCCACACCGGUUCAAGGUCGUGAUUGCAGGGAACCAUGAACUGUGUCUUGACCAGAAGCAAUUGACAGAGAGAUCCAUUGACUGGAGAUCCCUUCACUACCUGGAAAACUCCUCUGUGACUCUAGACCUUGGUUGCAGACGCCUAAAGGUAUUCGGGUCCCCGUAUACGCCGAAACACGGGAACUGGGUCUUCCAGUACGCCCGAGCCGAAAAUAUAUGGGACGAUAUUUCAAUACCCGCCAACCUUGACAUCCUCGUCACACACGGUCCACCCCGGACGCAUCUGGAUCUAGGGCGGUUCGGGUGCCAGUUCCUUCGGGAGUGGUUGUGGUCAGCACAGCGGAAACCCUGUCUCCAUGUGUUUGGACAUGUGCAUGGUGGGUACGGGAAGGAGACUGUCGCCUGGGAUGGUCUGCAACGGGCAUAUGAGGGUGUGAUGGAUGGGAAGGUCAAAUACACCAAUCUGGUCAGCUUGGGAUACCAUGCUCUUCUGCGAGUGGUGGGUAUUGUGAAUCCAACUCAACGUACUGUGUUCGUGAAUGCGGCUGCAGUGGGAGGCGUUCGAGAUGAGAAGCAACGAGGUGCUAUUUCUGUUGAUAUUUGAGGCAUUUGUCAAUGUAGACUGCGUUCUCCUUCCAUCGAGCACGCAGGAAGAGUCAGGGGAGGAGGUAGUGGUGAAGAAAGUCAGAAAAGAUAAAAUUAAGAGGAGCUCGGUGAGGCAGGUGACCAUCAGGUGACUACUGGGUAUCUAUGGUCUAUCAUUAAAAUCUAAUAGCUACACUAUAGAGAUAUCCCUGCCAGUAUAUGGAUCUGUGCAUCAGACUGGGU